ACCAAAUAAUCAUCCUCAAGUCAACAGUCCAAAAUCGCAUCCCCACAGUAACCACACUAGACUUCAUAUCACCCAAUAAAAACUCCUCUUUAGUUUCUCUGUUUUUCCAUUACUAUAAAAUCCCCUGCAGUCUCUCACACACUCACACUUGCACGCAAUAACUGUCCUUGCCGCUUCGUGUCUUAGCACUACUUCAUUUCCGCCGAUUUCUAGGGUUCCGGCGAGAAUUAGGGUUUUGGUGAAGAAGAUGAUUUCAGAUCUAGCUGCAGAGAUCGUGAUUCCGGCGUGCGCCGUCGUCGGAAUCAUUUUCUCUCUUGUUCAAUGGUUCCUCGUUGCGAAAGUUAAGCUUUCUUCGGAGAGACACGUUAACAAUGGCGGAAAUGCUAAGAAUGGUUACAAUGAUUAUUUGAUUGAGGAAGAAGAAGGUGUCAAUGACCAAAAUGUCGUCGCUAAAUGUGCCGACAUUCAAAAUGCCAUUUCUGAAGGUGCAACAUCUUUUCUAUUCACGGAAUACCAGUAUGUUGGAGUAUUCAUGGCUGCAUUUGCUGUCCUCAUUUUCCUCUUUUUGGGAUCUGUGGAAGGCUUCAGUAUGGAAAGCCGAUCAUGCACUUACAAUCCUUUUAAGAAGUGCAAGCCCGCAUUGGCUACAGCUGUCUUCAGUACUGCAUCCUUCUUGCUUGGUGCUGUCACUUCUGUUGUAUCUGGUUUUCUAGGAAUGAAGAUUGCUACCUAUGCAAAUGCGAGGACAACCUUGGAAGCUAGGAAGGGUGUUGGAAAGGCUUUUAUUAUAGCUUUCAGAUCUGGUGCUGUUAUGGGUUUCCUUCUAGCUGCAAAUGGUCUAUUGGUCCUCUAUAUUGCCAUCAAUUUAUUUAAGCUGUACUAUGGUGAUGACUGGGAAGGUCUUUUUGAGGCUAUCACUGGUUACGGUCUUGGUGGUUCUUCAAUGGCCCUUUUUGGAAGAGUUGGGGGAGGAAUUUACACUAAAGCUGCUGAUGUAGGUGCUGAUCUCGUAGGAAAGGUUGAAAGAAACAUCCCUGAGGAUGAUCCAAGAAACCCUGCUGUGAUUGCUGACAAUGUUGGCGACAAUGUUGGUGAUAUUGCUGGAAUGGGUUCUGAUCUUUUUGGUUCGUAUGCUGAAUCUUCAUGUGCUGCCCUUGUUGUUGCCUCAAUAUCCUCCUUUGGCAUCAACCAUGAGUUUACUGCCAUGUGUUAUCCCCUGCUUAUCAGCUCCAUGGGAAUCAUUGUUUGUUUGAUCACAACUCUCUUUGCUACUGAUUUCUUUGAAAUCAAAGCUGUCAAAGAAAUUGAGCCAGCAUUGAAGAAGCAGCUUAUCAUCUCGACUAUUCUUAUGACUGUGGGAAUUGCUAUCAUCUCUUGGAUUGCUCUCCCAUCUUCUUUCACCAUCUUCAAUUUUGGCACUCAGAAGGUUGUGCAUAAUUGGCAACUAUUCCUAUGUGUCUGUGUUGGUCUUUGGGCUGGACUCAUCAUUGGUUUUGUGACAGAGUACUACACCAGUAAUGCAUACAGUCCUGUACAAGAUGUUGCUGAUUCCUGCCGCACAGGAGCUGCCACCAAUGUUAUUUUUGGUUUAGCUUUGGGCUACAAAUCUGUCAUCAUUCCAAUCUUUGCGAUAGCUGUUAGCAUCUUUGUCAGUUUUAGCUUUGCUGCCAUGUAUGGUAUUGCUGUUGCUGCCCUUGGAAUGUUGAGCACCAUUGCCACUGGCCUUGCGAUUGAUGCCUACGGUCCAAUCAGUGACAAUGCUGGUGGUAUUGCUGAGAUGGCAGGGAUGAGCCACCGUAUUCGCGAGAGAACAGAUGCCCUAGAUGCUGCAGGGAAUACAACUGCUGCCAUUGGGAAGGGUUUUGCUAUUGGAUCUGCUGCUCUGGUUUCACUAGCGUUGUUCGGUGCUUUUGUUAGUCGGGCAUCUAUUUCAACUGUUGAUGUGUUGACCCCCAAAGUUUUCAUCGGAUUGAUUGUCGGUGCCAUGCUUCCAUACUGGUUCUCUGCCAUGACCAUGAAGAGUGUCGGUAGUGCGGCUCUUAAGAUGGUGGAAGAAGUUCGUAGGCAGUUCAACAGUAUCCCUGGUCUGAUGGAAGGAACUGCCAAGCCCGACUAUGCGACCUGUGUUAAAAUCUCUACUGAUGCAUCUAUCAAAGAGAUGAUUCCACCUGGUGCCUUGGUCAUGCUCACUCCACUCAUUGUUGGAACUUUCUUUGGAGUCGAGACCCUGUCUGGUGUUUUGGCUGGAUCCCUUGUUUCUGGAGUCCAGAUAGCAAUAUCCGCCUCUAACACUGGUGGUGCUUGGGACAAUGCCAAGAAGUACAUUGAGGCUGGUGCUUCAGAGCAUGCAAGGACUCUUGGACCAAAGGGAUCUGAGCCACACAAGGCAGCUGUGAUUGGAGACACCAUUGGUGACCCACUCAAGGACACAUCUGGCCCCUCGUUGAACAUUUUGAUCAAACUUAUGGCCGUUGAGUCCCUUGUUUUUGCUCCAUUCUUUGCUACCCACGGUGGUUUAUUGUUCAAAAUCUUCUAAGUGUCCGCUUAAAGCAACUUCAACCUGAAGCUUAAAUUUUCAAUCGGAAGUGACAUCACCCAUCUUUUGAAGAAAAUCCCAGAUUAUGAUUCGAGCCGGUUACCUUGGUAUUCGCUUCUAUCACGAACAGUUUUUGCCUGUUAUUUCAUUUUGUUUGUUAUUUUCGGCUGGCAUUGAAUUGUCAUGAUAAAUUGACGAUGGUAGGAAAUUCUGAUGCAUUUUGAGUCUAGAGGAAAAGGAAAUCUGUUUUUAAUUGUUGUAUUUGUUCUAGGAUCCAUCAACCAUAAAUGUUGUCAUAUUAAAAGUAAUCAAUGAGCACACUAUUACCUUUC